CCCGGGCCGAGCGUGCUGUUGCCAAGGGAACGAGCGCCCUCCACCAAUGUUUCCGGGCUCUCCAGCCCUCUCCGGCCCUAGCCAUGGCUCAGGAGACUGAAAACCAGGACCCCAUCGGAACCAUCUUAAUCCAGGUCCAUGAUGACCUUCAGCAAUUAAAGGAGAAAUUAGCCGACUUCCCAUCUGAAGAAGGAGAGACCCUAGACAUUCAGAAUCUUAAAACAGCAAUCAAAAGGACUGAAAUGGGGUUAAGAAUUCACAUUGAGAAGUAUUUAAAUGUUGUAAACCAUCAAGUGUUAACGACUCCCAUUAGUGAGAAUAAGUUAUUUUCUCCCCACACUUCCCAAUGGUUGAUUCCAACUGUAAUUGAUCAGAAAUUAUUUAUUUUCCCUUUGGAAUCUGAGGGUAAACUUUGGCCGCCCCAACGACAGUGUGUAUUUCCACAUGCCUUUCCAAGAACAAAGCGAAAGAUAGGGUUGGAUGUAAAAAUCAUGCAGGAUCCUGAAAACCUCCGCCACAGAGCUGCUGUCAGUGCGAACUAUGGAAUCAGUUUGCCAAGUAUUAAUCAGAGAAAAGCCUGUGUAAGUAAUCAGUUGUUUUAAUGAGCUCUUCGU